CAAGAAGUUGCAGAAUUAUUAAGAACCGAUGAAGAAGCUGCACAACAGCAUUUAAAUAAAUUAAACCACACUUCUAAGGAGUCUGCAGUUACAGGUUAGUUAUUAUUUAUAUAAUAUAUUCAAGUAUGGAAAUCUGAACGUGGACCUUCUAUUUUACAAUGAAUUGUACAAGGUAGGAUAGAUAAUAUGACUAAGCGUAAAACAAAGACCAAUGAGUAGUGCAUUACCCAUUCUGUGGCCUUGCAAACAGUAUGUGAGACUUCGGCCUCACGCCCACUUAUUAGUCCUAGCCCAAAUCCUAAUAGAUUUGGCUUGUAUGGUCUACGUUUCAACAUCAGAAUCUGUAUAGGUAUAUGUACUUUAACAACGUCUUAAAAAAACAUUUGCCUUUAUAAAUAACGGUAAACUUGUAGAUAAUAUUUUGUUUUCAGAAUCAACAAAAGUGGACCAAAAACUAUGGACAAAUGAGGCAACUCUAAUGUUAAUAUCAUGUGUUAAACAAUACAAAGAGGAUUUGGAAAGUUGCCAAAAGAAGAGAAUUUGGGAAAAAAUUUCGAAAGAAAUAAAUGAAAAACUUAUAACAAAUUUUACACCCACGCAAGUGGACACCAAAUGGAAGGGGUUGGUUAGACUGUACAAGGACAUAAAAAAACAUAACGACACUUCUGGCAAAAAUAAGAAAUCGUGGAAAUAUUGGCUUCUCAUGAAUGAGAUUUUGUUUAAUAAGCCAGAAAUUGUAGCUCCAGCUACAUGUUCAAGUAAUAAGGGACUUAUUGUCAAUGUUCCUGUUGAAAAUAUUCAAGGUGAACAACAUGGAACUAGCUUUCAGAAUAAAAGAAAAGCAAAAAGCAAUUCGAUUGAAAAAAGGCAUCAUGAUAAAAUGCUGAGAAUUGAUAAUUUGAAUUCUUCAAUUCAAGAAUUAAUUAGUGUAAUAAGAGAGAGAAAAAGUACUGAGUAAUAUGUUACAUAUUUUCAUCAGAAUGAUUUUUUUUUAUUGUUAUAG